AAUACAGUAUUGCUUAUUACUACAUAGCAGUAGAAGUCAAUUUUACUUGAGUCUGAGCUCGGUCAAAAUUUCUUAGGGGAACCGAAGUGGGCCGCGUCACAGUCCAACGAAUCGACGGCUUUCCUCCUUGCAUAAAAGUGCACAACGCCUUCGCCGACCGACGUCCUUGUCUCAACCCACGUCAUGUCGCACUUCACGCUAAGCGGUUUGCAACACCGCCAACCUUACUCGGCCAGACUUCCUACUACAGCCACUGCUCCACGGCUCCAGGCCAAGCGUCGCAACGCACAAUUGCAAAGCCCUGUACGCCUAUUACCACUGGCAAACUCCUUAGGUUUGCGCUGCACAAAGCCACUGCCUGCAACCAACUGCCACGCCAUGUCCGUCAACGCCGAAGCGCACGGCUCCGAGCGCGCUGCCGCUGCUGCGGCCCCAAGCGACGGACUGGCUCCACACUACGACAUUGCAAUCAUCGGGGGCGGCCCUGCCGGAUUGCUGGCCGCAAAGGCUGUGAUGUCGGCACUGCCAACCGCCAGUGUCAAGGUGUUCGAGGCGGCCCGCAGCUACCACCCCCAGGGUGCGGGCGUGUCCAUCGAGAUCAACGGCUGGCGGGCGCUGCACGCGGUGGACCAGCAGCUGGCGGAGCGCAUGCGGGGCAGGGGCAUACUCAUACGCGGGUCCAGGUACUACGACGAGGCGGGUCGGCCCUUCCCCGAGCCGCCUCUGCGGACAGAGCACGAGGACAACAUGCGGCUCCACGGGCACACCAGCGUGAUGGUUCACUGGGGCGACAUCCGGCAGCUGCUGUGGGAGGCGCUGCCGGGGGACACGGUGUGUUUCGGCACCCGUGUGGUGGGGAUUACGCCUGGCGAACCCGGGGGCAAGCCCGCCGUCCUGCAGCUGCAGGCCCCAGGCAGCGGCGAUGAGGAGGGUGGUGGCAGCGGCAGCAGCAGUCGCGCCCGCACCGUCACGGCCGGCCUUGUCAUCGCCGCGGACGGCUACUACAGCCGCACCAAGAGGAUGGCCUUCGGCGCCUCCGGUCCCCCGCUGCUGCCCUCCUUCCGCGGCAAGGUCAUCUGGCGGGCGCUGGUGGGCUACAGCGACCCACGGGUCAUGCCGGAGCUGCUGCGGCAGGCGGACGGCGCCGCAGCGGCGGUGUGGUGGAUGGCGCCGGGGCAGCCCCCCCUGCGCACUGCGCUGGUGUACCCGGUGAACGACGGGCGCUUCGUGUGGACCUGCUCCGCGCCGGCAGCGGACAUUGAGGCGGCGGGCCUGCCCCCCUGGAGCCCCCUCAUGCGGGAAGCCGACCAGGACCUGGGCAUUCAGCAAACAGGCUCCGCCGGCUCCGACCCCAAGUCCCGCUGCCUGGCCGUCUUCCGGCACCACCCGCCCGAGCUGCGCGACCUGCUGACCCGCACCGACCCGCGGGUCAUCACGGAACACGGCUACUACACCCACGACAUGGACGCCAUCCAGGGGGCCCCCGACUGGGUCCGCGGCAAUGUGGUGGUGGUGGGUGACGCGGCGCACACCGGGCCCCCGGACGGCAUGGGGCUCAACAUGGCGUGGGAGGAUGUGGUGGUGCUGGUUGCGGAGGUGAAGGACAAGGGGGUCUCUCCGGAGGCCCUCUCCUCCUACUGCGCGCUGCGGCUGCCCCGGCUGCGCCUCGUGUGGGGCGAGCCCGACCUCUCCAAGCCCCGCAGGCGGGCGGCGGUGCGGGCCACCCAGCUGCGGCCGCUGGGGCCGGGCAGCAGCGGGGCGCACAGGACGGGACCGCCGGGCGCGGGAGGGCAGGGGCAGGGGCAGGGGGGGCAGGAUGGGCGGAUGGAGGCGGUGGGGCAGGAUGGGGAGGGGCGGGUGCAGGCGGCGGCGGAGAAGGUGGGGCGGCUGGGGUUGACGGAGGCGCAGCGGAGCGAGCAUGCGCCGGCGGGAGAGGAGGUGUAGGGCUGCGGCGGGAGAGGGGGGUGGAGAGCUAGGUCGUACACCGCCACUUGCACGCCUGCAUGAGGGAGUGCGGCUGGUUUGUACGGCGGCUGCUGUCGCACUGCAGGCCCACUGCUGCGGGAGAGACGGACAUACAGGAGGUAUGUAUGUAUGUAUGUAUGUUAAGACCAGCGGAGAGACACACACGUACCUCAUGCUGAUGUAUGUAGGGUAAUUAUGAUGUAUGUAGGGUAAAAAAUUAAAUAAGUGAAACAAAAGUGUAUGUAGGGUAGGAUAUGUUAGUGGUGAGGCGGGUGCCGGUAUGUAUGCAUGCAUGCAUGCUUGGGGGCAGGUGCGGCGAGUGCGUGAGGGGGCGCUGUGUGGGGGUGUUCGUGGUUGGCAGCGCGGUUGUCGACACCCCAGUAGCAGCCCCACAGCAGUGGGCCCGCUUCUCGCGUUCUGCGGCAUAGCUGUUGGUGGCAUAGCUGUUCCUUAUCCUCCGAUGCGUGGUCUCUCUCUUGUUUGUACUCCGUCGGGCCAGACAGGCCGGGCAGACCGCGCGGAGGCAACACGCCAGCAAAGACGCGAGGAAGUGGGGAAGCGACAAGGUGCAUGCGGGCCGAGUGUUGAUGAUUGGGAAACUGACGCGAAGAGUGACGUCGUGGAGAAGGAUGGUGGAUGGUCUUACAAGCCGUCGCAACACGACCUAGCACGACACGCAGCACGAGUUGCCGUACCGGUGAAGUGUCACAGCGGGCGGUGGGGGGGAGGAGGCGAUAGGGAAGGGGGUGCACGUGCGAUAGGUCGUUUCCGAACAACACGGGUGUACCGGUACACUGAAACGCUGCAACUUCCAGGUACCGUUGUAACUAACCGCUGUGACAAUACAGGUGAUUGGCAGGGCCUGGCAUGGCGUAGGGGGCCCUGGGUUUACAUGUUCCGGGUGCGAAGUAGAAGGAAACAGCGUUGAGGCAAGCACACUUCUUCGGCUGCGGCACCCUGAUCCGAACCUUGAAGGAAGCCAUGGGCCUAGUUCGGGGCCUGACCAGGCCCCGAACGCCACACGGGACCAGGAUAUAAAUGCGGUACGGUUUAAGUCAAGGGAACAGCGCAAACGGUAUACUUACAUAUACGAAGGGUGCGAGGGGUGUGUGCGUGUCUAAAGACUCGGCUCCACACGAACCCACUGCCGUAGACAAGCGGUUUAACCACUUGAUUAUAGAUUCACGCACUAAUGUCUGCGAGAGUAGCCUUUCCGCUGAGGUUGCUCCGGGCACGCGAGCACGCGAGGUUCCGCGAGAGGGUGUGCAAGAUGUGUGCGCAGCGCUCACAAGCAACUGUCACGGUAUGUGUCGCGUAAAUGCCUUCCCGCGUAGAAGAUGCUAGAAACAGGGAGUAAUUAUAAUUCUGUUUGGUGGUGGUAAUUGCAAGGGCCUGCAUGAAGGGUUCUUCGGUUGCAGCGGGUUCUGUUGUACCGGUUAAUUCUCGACUAUUCGCGGCCCUCCAGAGCUUUCAUAUGCAGCAUGAUAUAAGCCUAAAACAUGCCCAAUGACUCAUGUAACGCAGCGCACGCACUGCGCACGUAUCGUGCUCCUAAUCACCAGGUCUCGCCCUGUCAUAACGCCCGUAACCUAUUUGCAGGGGGCAUUAGGUAUAGCACAGAAGUCGAAGCUUAAACCAAUGAUCAGUGGGGGCGCACCGGCGGCUGCCGCCGUGCAAGCCGAUGUACCCAUCGACAUCACUGAUGGCUACUCACAGCAGCAUGGCUCAUUCCAGCCCCAGCACCAACGGCAUCAGCUUCAUCUUCACAAUGCACCCUCGCUGGAGAACAUCCUGUCGCUGAAGCGGCAGCGUGUAAAGUCCAUUAAGAACCUUGCGACACAACAAAAACAGCAUCCCGCCCAGAACCAAGACUCUUCUUCACUUUUAUCACAGCAACAUCUAUUCCCUACAUCCCUGCUAUCUGCUGAGGACCUCGGAGAUGGCGACUUGGGCGGGCAGCAGGCCGCAACUCCGAUUCAAGCCGUUCCUCAAGACGUUUCGCAACAGCUCCCGACUCCGGCUCCCAUGGAUCUGGUUGACUCGGUCAAAGCCAACACGGACCCGCGCGAACCUGCGCAGCUCCAGAGGGCGCUGUUGGGGGAGACAGCUUCGGUGGACGAUUCAAACGCUGUGCCGGCGGUUGCGCAGGCUGAGGCCGCUACUGCUACGUCUCAGGCGUCAACAACAGCUGAGUCGGAGGCGGGGGUGAAGCCGUCAGCACCAGCAGCAGCUGAGACGGAGAUGGGUGUGCCUGACGACUUGGAGGCUGGCUUUUCGGACCAGCUGCUGUCAGCGGGCUUUGGGGAGUCCAUGUCCGCCUACUUCCACCGGCUGCGGGCAGCGCUGGGCGGCUGGGGUCCGGGGGGCGGUGUGGGGCGCAUGGUGCGGGAGGUGAAGCAGGACGGAAUAUACGUGCUCAAGAGGAUCGUCCGCGCCCCCAACGGUGCCAGCCCCCUAGCCGUGUGCGGUACCGUGCUGCAUCACGUGCUGGUCUACGUGAAGCAGGGCCCCCUGCUGCACUGCCUGGACUACGGCCCCGCCAACGGAGCCGACGUCACCGCCAACAUCCUGGAGGAGGCGCCCGCCAAGACCAUCCUGGAGUCCACCCCCUUCCCAUCGCCCGCAGCGGCGGCGGCACUGGCAGCAGCGGCAGGCAGCUGCCCAACAGCGGCGGCGCUGGCGGCAGCGGCGUACCCUCCCCCGGCCCCCGCUGCUGCUGCUGCUGGUGCUGGUGCUGGCGCUGGCGCUGCUCCCGCAGUGGUAUUGGAGACUGCUGCUGCCAACCCUGCGGGGGCUGCUAGCGCCCCCUCCCCUGUCGCCAUCCCUACCACCACCACCACCACCACCUCCCCUACCGCCACCUGCAUGAUGCCGUCAGUGCUGCCGCUGUGUUCGUCCCCACCCGCCUCCUCACCGCUACCACCCGCCUCCGAUUCCUCCGCAAACGGCUCCGUCCCCACUGCCGCUGUUGCCGCUGCCUCCUCCGCUGGCUCACAAGUAACCAUUUCAGCUUCAGCUGAUGCUGCUUCAAGAGAUGUUGCGCUCGCGGUGUCGCCAGCUUUACCAGCAACUACUAUGGCCGCCGCUGCUGCUGCUGCCACCGGUGUUGCUGCCGGUGCUGCUGCCGCAGCCGCUCCAGCUGAGGGCUCUCCUGCAGUGGCAUCCACAGACGCUGCUGCGUCUCCCCCUCCCCCACCUCCUCCCCCGUCGGGGUCACCAAACGUGGUGGCGGCGGCGCUAGCGGCGGCGGCCAACGCUGCCACGGCGGUGGCGACUGCGGCGGUGACACCGGCGGGUGCGGGUGCGGGUGCGGGUGCGGAUGACAGCCUGCCGUACCUGUACCUGGGGCCCGCGUUGCGCGGGGUGGAGCACCCGCUGGUGCAGGAGCUCAUCUCCUUCGCCGAGAGCCGGCCCUACCACGCCAUCCGCAACAACUGCAUCCAUUUCGCGGACGUACUCGUACGGCUGAUGACGGGCAACAACGUACGGGGCGCCCCGCUGCUGUACGACAUGGUGUGCGGUGCCGUACCGCCGGUGGACAACCCCAUGCUGCUCAUGAUGCAACUCAUGUUCCGAACGCCCUGGUUCGCCACCGUGGACGGCAGCCCGCUGGCGUCCGCCUUCCACCAACACCACACGCAGCUCCGACGCCAGCAGCUGAUGCCGAGCCAGCAGCGGCAGCAGCAGGCAGCGGAGGAGGAGGAGGAGGGAGCGGGAGUGGAGGGGCGGUUGUUCCACGGCGUGGCGGCCCUGGCGAGCGAGGACAGGGACAACAACACCGGUAACACAGUCACCAACACCAUCAGCGCUACCGCUUCCUCGCUAGCAGCCUCCGCCGCGGCUGCUGUGGCGGCGGCGGUGGCAGGCCGGCUGCCGCUGAGUGACCCACGGGUCACUGCGGCCGCGGCUGCGGUCGCUUCCUACCGCCGAAAGGAGCAACAGGAGGAGCAGCAGCAGCAGCAAUUGGCAUGUAAUGGGCAGCUGUUGCGGGAGGCGAGUUACCAGAUGGACGUAGAUGGGGAGGCGGAGGAGCGGCGGCAGGAGCGGGGAAACAACGGCCCGGCAGAGGAAGGGGAUUUCGAUCAUGGCUCUCUGUUGCUGCUACGGUGAUGCGUGCCGAGGGAUGCCGUGUAUGGUGUCGUACGGCAUGCAAUGGUGUACGGCGUACGAAGGCUGUCGUACAGUGGCAGCAGCGGUGUGAGGGCUGUUUUUCAGUUUAUGUGUACAUGCGUGCAGAUAAAAGGGGAGCAGCAGUCGGGGGAAUUAGGUAUCUAUGGUGGUGCUUGGCGUUAGUUUGGUUGUAUGCCAAGGGGACGGUGAUUCCCGUACGGUGAUUCCCGUGGGGACGGUGAUUCCCGUAUUGAUGCGCGUACGGCGUAUGGGGGGUAGAUGGUGCUGGGGGGCAGAUGCCGGGAGUGCGGAGGGCGGCACCUCC